AAACUGCAUCAGCUGUCAAACGUUUCGUUUGCAAGAAUGUAAACAACACAUUUGCAGAAACAACAAUAAGCUGACUAACCGAAAAGUAUCCUAAACUAAUGAGCUGUGCGGAAAGAAUUUGUCGCCUUUGCUUGCAGGAAGAGGUAGAAAAUGGCCACGGCUACCUGGUUCCGCUGGCGGACAAUAGUGAGAUAGUGAACAUUAUCCGCGCGACAACCUCCAUCGAUGUGAUCGUGGACGACCGAGCACAGUAUUACUUGUGCGGAGAGUGCAAAGAGCUACUGCUCAAGUGCUUCGACUUUCGCGAACGUUGCAUCUUGAAUGAUGAAAUUUUCCGACGGAAAUUCUCCCCCAAUGCUGCUGCUGCCGCAACGGAAGACGGGCCACUGUUCAUGCCUGCGGAAGCGGUCGUGUUGGAUGAGGAGAAAGAGGGGAAAAAGGAGGAAAGGGGCGAUCAUUCCGACGAGGAAGAACCGUUUAUGCACGAGUUUUUGAUCGAAACGAUCGAAGAAAACAAUGCAGAUUGUGAUUCGUACGAACCGUUGCAAGAGGAGAUGCUGAAGGACGAUUGCUCCGACAGUGAAUCAUCGACCAGGAAGAAGAGCGUGCGAAAGAAACGAGACCGAAAGAAAGCGGUCGAGGUCGAUAAAGCCAACAACAAGCUGCCUUGCGCCCAGUGCGGUAAAAUGAUAGCACGGAACAAUAUCAAUCAGCACCAGCUGACGCACGAUCCGGACCGGCCGAAAGUGUUCUGCUCGUACUGUGGGAAAGCGUUUAAGGAUCCGCGCCGGAUGCAGAUGCACAUCAACAGUAACCACACGCUGGAGAAGAAGUAUCCAUGCGAAAUCUGCGGGAAGGUUUAUCUGCGGCCAACCUCACUGAAGGAUCAUAAGCUGGCGAAGCACAGUGACGAUAAGCGGUACGAGUGUUCCGACUGUGGGAUGGCAUUUACCAGCUGGGCGCAACGGUGGCACCACUUCAAGAAGGAGCACACGACGGCCAAACCAUUCGCCUGUACCUACUGUGAUUGGGCGUUCAAGUUUAAAUGUGAUCUCACGCUACACAUCCGGAAGCAUACCGGUGAAAAGCCCUUCAAGUGUGACAUCUGUGGGAAGGCGUUCAACAAGAGCUACAACGUGGUGAUACACAAGAAAUCGCAUCGCAAUCUCGUACCGAUGGAGCAGGGCAUGGGACCGCCGGACGAAACACUCAUACCGCAAACUGAGGUAAAAUCAGACAAUACUGUUUAAGAGUAAGUGUAGGUGCACACAAUAUUUAUCUGAACGUAUGUACGCUAAGUUAUUCUUUUAUCCAGAAACGAACACAACUUUCUAAGUUUAAAUGAAAUACAAUUUUUUUUUCCUUCAAAACAACA